UUUCUUUUCCUGGAAGGACAUGCUGAGAGCAGAGGGGAGCUCUUGCUCACCUUACACCACUAGCCAGGCUUAUAAGUGGUAAUUCUGUCGAAGAGAGCCUGUUGAAAAAAGGUAUUAAACAUUUGAUUCAAGAAGUGGCUGCUCAGGGAGAUGAUUGUUCAACAGACUUAUUAACUCAGGUUCUUUGCUCUGAAUAUGCAAAAGAGGAUUCCAGAAAGUUUACAGAAGAGUCACUGUCUGAGAUAAGAAAUGAUAUAGACUCAGAGUUGUGUGAUUCAAGAGAUACCAUGGUUCCUUCACAGUUAGAACAGCUGGCUAGCUUUGUGGAUCAGCUUAAGCCAAUUGAAAAGUAUGCGUUGAAUUUCUUGGAAUUGUUUCAUACUUUGAAUGAUCAAAAAAGCCAGACAGUCAACAAGGAGUUAAAAACUGCAAAUAUAAAAUGGGAAUAUCGGCAUCCCAGGGAGCUGGAAAAGGCAGAAGAAAAAUUUCAGCAGGAAGUGGAACUCUUAACCUAUACCAGACAAGAUGCUUAUAACACGGAAUUUGUCUGUGAAGGACCAGAUGGAGAAGUAGAAGUAAUGCCUCUUUGGACUCCCCCUGUUGUACCUGAGAAUCACAAUGAUGUCUACACUGAUUCUGUUAUGUGUCUGAUGUAUACUAGUACUCCGAUUCCAGAGUCUAAGCUUCCACCUCUGUUUGUUAGGAAGGCAUGUAAGCGGCAGAGGACGGAUCUGUUAUCUUCAGGUGAGAGUAAGAAACAUUGCUGUAGAAGGAUGGUUGCUCCUCCACCUUCACUUUUUGAUCAAGUGACUCCAAGAAUAUUGAACACACGACAGAAGAGCAAAGCUCAGAAGACCCUCCUCUGGGUAAAACAGAAAAUGUAUUUUGCAAGACCUUUGUCAGCUCUCAUCAAUGCAGCUGCUGACACUAGGCAAGAUAGCCCUGCAUGGCUAAUUGCUGAAGACUUGGCACUGUUAAAAGCGAUGAAACAGUUACGGACACUUCCUUUAAACCUUGCUAUGGCGUCACCUGCACAGACAGCAAACUGGGACUUUGUCAGCGAUGUCGUUAACUCUUGUAGCUAUGUUUAUCGCUCCCCAAAGCAAUGCCAAAAUCAUUACAUAAAAUCAUUUGCACGUCCUGAAGGAGAGAAUACAGGUGGUUAUCCUCUUCGUGUUAGACAAGCUUAUGCUAAAGACAAGAAUUCUGAGCGUUCUCAAAUCUAUAUGAAUCACUUUGAGUUGAUGACAAUGACUACUAGAAAGAGAAGUUCCUCAAAUAGGUUUCUUGCAGAGAACUAUGACAAGCUACUACCUAUGUCUGAGGUUGUUUCCAUCUGUGCAGAGCCUAUGACGAUGCAGGAAAAGGCAUUAACUGAAGAACAAAUAGCUCCACAACUGCAGGAGCAACAGCCGAGUCAGAAACAAGAAGAGGAACAAACAAUGGAGCAAACCCAAACCCGUUGUCAACCACAGCGGGAAACACAGGCUUUGGGACGUACACUCUCUGCAGUCGUAGCUGCGUUACAGCAAGUGUCUGUGGUACCUGCCAUUCCAGCACAGCUGCAGCCCUCAACCCCCAGCCAGUUUUUUCAAGCAGAAGCAUUUGACAGCAUCAGUUGUAACCAUCACUCUGAUGGCAACUGUGCAGAUGGCUUUUGAUGACUCCGCUUGUAUCAGAUUUAGUCGCAAGAAGUUCAGGACCCAAGUCCUGAUCCUCGGCCCACAGUGACUUCUUUGCCACAGACAAAAUGAAUAGAGGAGUUACCCUGAUGGCAGACUGCAGGUGUUGGUGAACCUCUGGAAAGCAAAGCUUACGUACAGCCUGGAGUCGGUGUACGUGACGCCUUCGGUAGCGGAUGCUGAAAGCAGUGAACCGCCUGCUUUGUAAACGAGAACUGAAUGUCGUUAUCGGGCAGGUGGAAGUUGUAUUUCCUUUAUUGCCAAGCCCUUCCCCAUUUUUUUUUGGCGGUAUGUUACUGUAGUCCAGAGUAGCGCUAGGUUACUUUUUUCCCUCCCUCCCCGUCCUCCGAGGACCGUGGUGCCGGUGCUCCAGGUAAGCGCUCUACGGUUCCUCCUGCCCGUAGGCACCUUUUCUUUGUGGAUUUCUACGCCAAACCUUGCAGAACAGGGUCAGCACGGUUACCGGCCCAGGCAGCACGGAC